UACAUAUUACACUGCAUCUCAUCUUAUUCCUCUUUCAAAGUAACUGAGUUUACUUCCACGAUGGGUGACGAGAACAAGUCUUGUCCAUUAGUGGAGGACAUUAACUCAUCCUACAAUCCGCCAGUGCUCAUUUUAACAUUUAUCUUUGGAGUCAUUGGAAAUGCAAUUGCUCUGUGGGUCUUCUCUUUGCAUGUGAAAACUUGGAGAUCAAGCACAGUGUACGGGUUGAACCUGGCCAUCGCGGACACUCUGCUAAUCUGCGCCCUACCAUUUCGAGUUGACUAUUACAUCCGUGGGAAAGACUGGAUUUUCGGCGAUGUUGCCUGUCGCCUGAAGAUAUUCACGAUAUUUAUGAACCGGGCAGUGAGCGUUGCUUUCCUGGCGGUUAUGGCGCUUGAACGCUACUUCAAGGUGAUCCACCCUCACCAUAAAGUGAGCAAAAUGACCACAAGCGGUGCGGUGAAGGUAUCCUGCAUUCUUUGGCUUGUAACGCUGGCGAUGUGUUUGCACGUUUUGACUGAACCUCGCACGUUCCAGCACAUGAAUGUGACAAAUUGUGAGCCGUUCAAACCAUUCAAGCCCUUAAGUUCCACAGCGAUUUUGACUAACAUGGUUUUUAUUAAUUGCAAUUUCAUUUUACCGGCUUCGAUCAUCCUGUUUUCCACUUGCUGUAUCGCCUGGAAGCUAAAGCAGAUGAAAUCUGAACUGAGGGCCAAAUAUAAACGAGCAACGAGGCUUGUGGUGGUCGUGGCGACGGUUUUCAUCAUCUGUUUCUUACCCAGCAACGUUGCUGUAAUUGCUGUUUUAAUCUCAAACCGCGUAAGUAAUUGCAAGACGUUCGACGUUACCGUGCAGAUCUUCGACAACACCCUGUGCAUCACUUACUUGAACAGUGUGCUCGAUCCGUUUGUUUACUACUUCUCCAGUUCCACGUUCAAGGAAACUCUGAAGAAAGCUCUCAUUUCUCACAACAUCAGACUUUUCAGAUCAACAAUUCGCUCAGCUCCACCAAAACCAGAAACACAAGUUGAACCUCAACGAUCUUCUGUUCUCAACACCUGGGACCAUUUACGAACUGAGUCGAAUGACAAUCUGUGAACCAGCUCCCAAUGUUGCUGCUUGCUUUCUUCCAACUUGCUCUGGGGAGAAGGGUCUGGGCGGGGCGCUCUCCCAAGUAUUUUUAAAUCGUUUGAUCUUAAGAAAGUCAUCGCCCUGCAGUUUCUAAUUUAAGUUACUCGCCGACCACAUUUCUAAUGCAAAAGGCAACCGUAGUACUAAAAAGGGUCUGAAGAAGGGUUUCGGCCCGAAACGUCGCCCAUUUCCUUCGCUCCAUAGAUGCUGCUGCACCCGCUGAGUUUCUCCAGCAAUUUUGUGUACCAUAGUACUAAAAAUAUUGAAAGAUGCAACCGCGAUGGCCAGUAAGGAGACACAAUGAACCGCAGACGCUGGAGUCUCGAUUAGAACACAAAGUGCUGGAGGAACUUAGCGGGUCAGGCAGCAUCUGUGGAGGGAAUGGACAGACGACGUUUUGGGGAUCGGAACCCUUCUUCAGACCAUCUUUGGUCUAAUCCAGCAUCUGUAGUUCUUUGUUUCUUCAUCAUAACGCUUUGGGAUAAAUCUUGUUAACAAUACAAUAAUAUUUUGUAUGUGGCAACUGGUCAUCUUGUGGUACCAGAGAACAAAAGAGGUGGGGGCUGGCGAUCAGGCUGAUCAAUGAUGUCUCACUGGGAGACAGUACAAACUGCUGAGGUGAGCACAAAUUUAUUGAAAGAUGUAGCAUGGAACCAAGUGCUUUGUCCCACCGAGCACGCAGACCACCGAUCACCCACGCGCACUAGUUCCAUGUUAACCCAUUGACCUCAGUUGCUGUCUGUAUGGAGUUUGCAUGUUCUCCCUGUGACCAUGUGAAUUUUUUCUGGGUGCUCCGGUUUCCUCCCACAUCGCAAAGACAUGCCGGUCUGUAGGUUAAUUGACCUCUGCAAAUUGCCCCAAGUGUGUUGGGAGUGGAUGACAAAGCGAGAUAACAUAGAACUAGCGUGAACGGGUGGUCGGCGUUAACUCGGUGGGCCGAUCAUCCUGCUUCCAUGCUGUAUCUCUAAACUAAACAAAGGGCGUUGGCGAUAUCUAUACAGGGCUGAGAAUUAUUUAUUUAUGGAUGUUAUGGAAGGCAUUGGUGGAACAGAAUUAUGGAGUUGGGUAUUAAGUCUUAUCAAAAGAAGGAUCCCGAUUCAAUAGUUGAGUGGCUUUUAUUGUCACAUGUGCAAAGUGCAAACGCACAGUGAAAUUAUUUUCUUACAGCCCAGUGCAGUAUUGACAUACCCAAGCACAUCCCCAAUUAGCAAUUGUACAGAAAUAUUCUGCUCAGCCCGCGUGAGGCACCAUGUUUUGGUGUUAUUUUUCAAGCCCAGUCCACUUUCCAGUCUGAAGAAGGGUCUUGACCCGAAACGCCACCUUUUCCUUUUCCCCAGAGAUGCUGUCUGACCUGCUGAGUUACUCCAGCUGAGUUACUCCAGCUUUAUGUGUCUGUCCACAUUCCAGUUGUUAUGGGCGGUGCCCGAUUCUGGCAAACCCCAGGCUGCUGCAGGGCAUCCAGUCGUCACUAUCCCCUGGUCAACCAGCAACCAACGUACUCUCCUCACUGGUCCACCUUUGUUCCCUGAUUGUUGUAACUCAUGAUUUUCCAUGCCUGAAUUAUCAGGAACUGUUUCUGUCAGAGAAAUAAAAUGGGCAUUACCCACUUCUCACAUCGAAGAAAUAUAUUGGCUUUAAAAAAUAAUAUCAAUUAAAAAAAGUCCCAGGUGAAUUUUGGGCUGGGCCUCUUUCAAAUAUCAAGUGGUGUGAGAUUUUGUUUAGUGAAUAUGAAGAACAAAAGCUUCUAAAUCCACCAAUCCAUAAACUCAGAACUGAAAGAUGUUUUGAGGAAGGAUAUCCUUGCUAUUGAGGCAGUGCAGCGUAGAUUCACAAGGUUAUUCCCCGGGAUGGUGGGACUGUCAUACGAGGAAAGAUUGGAAAGGCUGGGGUUGUACUCUGAAUUUGGAAGGAUGAGAGGGAUUAUUAUAGAAACUUAUUAAAUUAAAGCUAGAUGCAGAGAAAAGUGUUCCCAAUGUUGGGGGAGUCCUGAACCAGGGGCCACAGACUAAGAAUAAAGGGGCCAUUUAAAACUGAGAUGAGAAAAAACUUUUUCACCCAGAGAGUUAUGAAUUUGUGGAAUUCUCUGCACAGAAGGCAGUAGAGACUUUAAAAGAGAGUUAGAUAGAGCUCUAACGGUUAGCAGAAUCAAGGUAUAUGGCGAGAGGGCAGGCAUGGGUUACUGAUUGUGGAUGAUCAGCCAUGAUCACAAUGAAUGGCGUUGCUGGCUUGGGGCCAAAUGGCCUCCUCCUGCACCUAUUUUCUAUGUUUCUGUGUAAAACUUGCAUUUCCCUGUUUACAGGGUUGGUUUCUAGAUAGCCCAGGAACCAAAGCAGAGAGUGAAAGAGGAAAUUCCUAGAGUUUUUCAAUCUAUUACUUAAACCACUACUGUGGUUAACAUGUGCGCCAAAUUUUGUGUGACAUAUCUAGAAAUGGGCUUUGUAGACACAAGGAAUUGUAGAUACUGGAAUCUUACAUUGAGCACAAAGUGCUGGAGUAACUGUGGGCAGCACAGUGGUGCAGCGGUAGAGUUGCUGCCUUACAAUGCCAGUGUUUUGGGUACGAUCCUGACUAUGGGUGUCGUCUGUUCCGAAUUUGUACGUUUUCCCCAUGACAGCAUGGGUUUCCUCCAGUUUCCAGUGCAAAUUGGAGUCGGGAAAGAGCAGGGAGAGAAAGAAGAAAAAGGAUGGGGUGGGAUGCUACCUAAAAUUGGAAAUCCUAUCCAAUUCAAUUCAAUGGGCUUUUUCUCCUUGUUUUUCUCAACCAUGAUACUGUACGUAGGUUCCACACAAUAUGCCAAAUGCAAAUUGGAGGGUCAGCACCUCAUAGUUUGAUUUGGCAGCUUACAACCCAGCGGUAUGAAUGUUGAUUUCUCUAAUCGUAACUCCUGCAUUUCCUUCCCCACCCCCACCUCUCCUCUCCCCGCUCCCUCAAUCCUACUAGUUCCACUGUUCACAUCCUUGCAUCCCUGUUGUUAGCACAUCAUCCCCACCCAACAGUGGGCCAUUUAGGACUCCCCAGUUCCUGAGGUCAUCUGUAGCCAACCCUGUAGAAUCUCUGUGGAAAAAUUAACUCGCUUUAAGUGUGAAGUUGUUUAGCUUAACAUUAACAUAUCUGAUUCUAGCUGAA